AUGGAGAAUACAACUCCCAUUGCAGUACCCCCUGUCGCUAUGUUUGUUCUAUCAGUGGCAACUACUGUUGAUCCUACAGUCGAGACUACACUUGCUAAUCCCUGUCGUGACAUUGUCCUCUACCAGUCGGAGGUUGGUGGUUCUGCUCGCCACUCGAGUCCUGAGUCGACUCUGUCUCCGCCUUCACCUCCAGUCAAUCAGAAACCUCGUACGUUUCAAGGUAAGGCUCCUCCCCUGACUAAAAAGGUUAGUCCUUCUCUGUCGUCACCCCCUUUGUCUGUAUCAAAACGAGUCACUCGUUCAUCGUCGAGUCUACAACCUCCAUCCAAACCCGUAGGACCUCCUCGUCCUCCAUCUAAGGUUUCUAUUCCUUCCCAAACCAGUGAAAGAGUUCAGUUAAAACGAAAGUCCUCACGUGAUACCACACAUCAACCACCUGAAAAGAAAUCCAAGACCAAACCCAUUCCAGUCCCAUCUACAGACUCAUCUCCCAAACAGUCGUCCAGAGGCUCUAAAAAAUCCAAACUUCCCAAAGCCCCUAUAUCAACUGUCGACCCAGCCUCUGUACAAUGCUAUGUUGAUGCCUCUAAAGCCUGCAUUUAUCAAAGAUGGUUUGGUAGUCGUGAGCUUUGGUUCGAACAAGUGGUUAUAUUAGAUGAUUUUCCUGAACUGCAUGAGUUAUUAAAACUUAGGAAAUGGGUAAACACGGUCACUAACUUGUCUGCUCCUCAUCCCAUCUUAGUUCGAGAAUUCUAUGCCAACCUAGAUAGGACAGUUAUUGCUGAGGGUCAUCCAGGGUGUGUGAGUGCAUUUGUUAGGGGUCAUAGAGUUCCAUUUGGUCCAUCCACUAUUGCAUGCUUGUUGAAAGUUGAGUCCAUCAAGAAACCAACAUAUGGGAAACAAUUCAAUCCAGAUCAAACUUUGAUGGGUAGAGUGCUAAGUGGAAAGGAUGACUAUAUUUGGGACAAACAAGAAAUCUUAGUCACGCAUCUGACUCCCUUCUAUAGGGUUCUUCAUCGGGUAGCUUUGUACAAUUGGCUCCCUAAUUCUCAUUUGUCAUCAGUUACUCUUGAGAUUGGCAAGUUUCUGUAUGCUGUAGGAACUCAUGUGUCCAUUGAUCUGCCAUCUCUCAUAUUUGAAAGGAUACUUGAAGCUUCAGAAACUACUGGCACUCGUAACAAGCUACCAUUUCCAAGCCUUGUUCAACGAGUUCUUAUGACUGCUCACCCGCCUCUUACAACGCAUGACUAUCAAGUUCAAAAUCCUGUUCUCAGUAAGAGCUUUCUCUCUGUGAUCAAUAGGCAGCCCUCAUCAACCACUCCUUCUGCAUCAAAAGUGAGUAAAGGCAAGUCUCCUAUGUUCAAAGGGCUUUCGGAUUCCAGCUGGUAG